UGCUUAUGCUGUUUUGACCAGUACUGAGCAAAAUAAAAGAAGAAAGUCUGGCCACUGCAGACUGAAACCUACUACUGAAGCUCCACUCUUGAUACAUGAUGAGAAGAUUGAUUCGGGACACAGCUAGCUGAACCGCUAUAAAAUGCCCAAAUCUGGGUCCGCAAAACCAGUUCAGAGUGAGAAUUCUGACAGUGACGGAAACAUGGUGGAGAAACCAUCUGGAAGAAAGAGUAAAGAAAAGAUUACAUCCUUCAGCAAAACUCCAAAAGUCGAUAGGAACGAUGGGGGAAAAGAGAUGAAAGAGAAGACUUCUAUGAAGCGUAAACUUCCUUUUACCAUCAGUCCAUCAAGGAAUGAAGAGCGAGAUUCAGACACAGAUUCAGAUCCAGGACAAACAAGUGAAAAUUGGGGGGAGAGACUAAAAUCUUCUUACAGGACAUAUUCAGAAAAAGAAGGCCCGGAGAAGAAGAAGACCAAAAAAGAAGCAGGAAAUAAGAAAUCAACACCAGUUAGCAUUCUUUUUGGUUAUCCGUUGUCCGAGCGCAAGCAGAUGGCCCUUUUAAUGCAGAUGACAGCAAGAGACAACAGUCCAGAUUCCACGCCAAAUCAUUCCUUACAGACCACACCAGCCCAAAAGAAAACUCCAAACUCCUCAUCGCGGCAAAAGGACAAAGUCAAUAAACGCAACGAACGUGGGGAAACUCCUUUACAUAUGGCGGCUAUACGGGGCGAUGCUAAGCAAGUCAAAGAACUGAUAAGUUUAGGAGCAAAUGUGAAUGUGAAAGAUUUUGCAGGUUGGACCCCACUGCAUGAAGCUUGUAAUGUUGGUUAUUACGACGUUGCUAAGGUCCUGAUAGCAGCAGGAGCAGAUGUGAACACUCAAGGACUAGAUGAUGACACUCCGUUGCAUGAUUCUGCAAGUAGUGGGCACAGAGAUAUUGUGAAGUUGCUACUUCGACACGGCGGAAAUGCAUUUCAGGCCAACAAACAUGGGGAGCGACCGGUGGAUGUGGCAGAGACAGAGGAACUGGAACUCUUGCUGAAAAGAGAAAUUCCUCUCUCUGACGAUGAGGAAAUUUAUACAGAUUCCGAAGGAGCUCCAUCUGUAAAUCCUUCCAGUGUUGAUGAAAACAUUGAUUCUGAAACAGAGAAGGACUCUCUAGUCUGUGAAAGUAAACAAGCAAUACCCAGUAAAGCAUCUCUUUCAUCGGGACUUGAUGAAUAUGAGUUCAAAGAUGAUGAUGAAGACGAUGAUGUUGAAAUAAACAAAAUGAUUGAUGACAGACACCUUCUGAGAAAAGAGCUGAGAAAAGAGGAGGAAUGCGAAAUGGACAAAAGUAACUUAUUUAUGAAACAGGAAAAGACUGUAUUUCCAAAAUCAUUUAAAAGUAAAAAACAAAAACCCUCUCGAGUUCUUUAUUCAAGUUCUGAAAGUUCAGAUGAAGAAAUUCAAGACAAAAAGAUUGCUGCCAUUCCCUCUUCUACCCCUGAAACUUCAAUUUCUGAUACAAGGACAAGGAAGGAAUAUAUAGUUUCAAGUGAACUAAAGCCGAAAGGGAAAGUAAAAAGGAAACUAAAGAACCCAAACAAAAACAAAGAAAAUCAAGAAUUGAAGCAAGAAAAAGAUGGAAAAGAAAAUACAAGGUUAUCAAAUUUAGUAGCGUGCCCUGCGUUAGAAUCAUUAGAGAAGACCAAAGAAGAGGAGAGUUUUAGAAAAUCUUUCAGCCCGAAAGAUGAGACUUCAUUACAGUUGUUCGAAAUUCCUGCCGAAAAAUCUUCUAAACUUCCUUGUGGAUUCAGUGAAAAGCAGUCAACACCCCUGAAGCAAGAAAACCCGAAAAUGUGUUUAUCACCUAGCAGUUCUGAAAUGUCAUUACAGUCUGACCAUGUACGGUAUGACAAUAAUAUAGAAUCUGAGUUCCUGUUGGAAAGUUCGAGUGGAAAACCUUGCAAACACAAAGAAAAAAUCAAGCAUCAGAAAGAUUUCCACUUGGAAUUUAAUGAAAAAUCUAGUCCAAAAAUUAAAGAGGAUGAUCCUAGUCCAGCAUUUGAAAAUUCAGACUGUAUGUUCAAAAAAUGUGACAAAGAGGGUAAGGCACUAAAAAAGCAUAAAUUAAAGCAUAAAGAAAGAGACAAGGACAAACACAGAAAAGAGCAGGACGUUGAGAAAGAGAGAAACAGGCAUAAGGACAGUGUUAAAGAAGUGCAAAGAAAUGUUGAAUUUGACAGAGAAUUUUGGAAAGAGAACUUUUUUAAAAGUGAUGAAACUGAAGAUUUGUUCUUAAAUACGGACCACGAACCGCUGUCAUCAGAGAAAAAGUUAAAGGUGGAGAAAACAAAAGACGACAAAACAACAAAGGAAAAAAAUAUCCCCAAAGAGAGAGGUUUUAAAGAUGAAAGAGAAAAAACUAAAAGAGAAAAUGAGAAAUCUUUAAAGGAGGAGAAAAUAAAGGACUUGAAGGAAGAAAGGGAGAACAUGGCCACAGAUAAAGAACCAGAAUUUUCCUUUUUGAGCACGUGUGCCAAGGAAGAAUCUGGAGGAUUUCAUUUAAUAGAAAAAGAAAUGGAAAUGGAGAAACAGGAAAAGAACAUAAAGGAAAAUAAAGAUAGGUCUGAGAAGCGACCCCAAAAUAAAGAAAAAGAUAAUGAGAAAAUGGAUAGAAAAAAUGCAGAAAAAGAGAAGAAGGUGAAACAUGACCAUAAACCAGAGAAAGACAAAUUAGAAGUUACCGAGUGUAUAGAAAAAUCAAAGGAAAAAGACAAAAAUUUACAGCCAUCAGAAAAAUGUCAUAAAGAAAGCGAUAAAAUAAAAAAUAUGAUUCCCGUUAAAAAGCCUGAUGACAAAGAAAGAAGUAGAGAUAAAAUAGAUAAAAAGCAUGACAGAGAAAAGCUUGAGAGAGAGAGACAUUCGGGUGACAGCAAAGAAAAGCACUCCAGUGACAAAAAAGUGAAAUCCUCAGAAAAAGAUAAUGACUAUAUCAAAUUGGAUAAAGGCAAAAAUAAAGAAAAAGAAAAGGAGGUAGAAAAAAGAGAAAGGUUGAGGGAGAAGGAAAGUGCAGUUAUAGUCAAUUCUAAGCACAUGCCGGAAGAGAAGAGAUUGAAUAUUGCAGAAAGCAGUAAAACAUUUCAUGAGAAACUUUUUCCCCUUAAAGAAAAACCGAAAGAUGAACUUUUGAAAACUCCAGAUGGAAAAGAAAAAGAUAAAAAGGAUAAAGAUAUAGACCGAUACAAAGAGCGAGACAAACACAAAGACAAGACACAAGUGAAUAACCUACUUAAAUUAAAAUCUGAAGCAGAUAAGCCUAAACUCAAAGCAUCGCCAGCCCCGAGAGACAUUAGACCUAAAGAGAAGAGGUUAGUUAACGAUGAUUUAAUGCAGACAAGUUUUGAAAGAAUGCUAAGCCUUAAGGACUUGGAAAUUGAACAGUGGCACAGAAAACAUAAGGAAAAAAUUAAGCAGAAAGAAAAGGAACGGCUAAGGAAUCGUUCCUUCUUAGACCUCAAGAUGAAAGAGAAGGAAAGAGCGAAAUAUGCGUUAAAUGACGUGAAAAAUAAAGAGCUGAUUAGGUCCAAAAGUUCAGAGUUGGCGGAAGCUUACGGCAAGGAGAAACAGUCGAAAGAUGCUACCCGUAACAGAUCUCAGUCUGUAGAUACCAAGGCCGUGCCAAGCCUUCGAAAGGCCCCCUUGGUUGCGGAUAACAGUUUGAACCGAUCUCCUAGGUCAGAAAGUGACAAGGCAGGUCUGAGCUCUCGGUCCGUGUCCAUGAUUUCCGUUGCCAGCUCAGAAGACUCUUGCCAUACCACGGUCACGACUCCAAGACCCAUGGUUGAGUAUGAUUCGGAUUUCACGUUAGAAGGCCCGGAUUCCCAGAUGGUCUUUGCCCAGGCACCGUUUUUGCUCGCUGCCAGAUCUCCAGCCCUCCUUGAAAGAGAGUCGGUUGGCACCGCCGAGCUGCCGGACCAGAUGAAACCAUCCUUUGCCAACCGACUUCCUCUCCCCUAUGUUAGGUCGUCUUCUGUUGAAGACGGGAAGCCUGGUAUAAAUGAGCCUAGGCCUAUUGUAGAAGUGCGAAGGAGCAGUAUGCCGCCUGUCAUUUCUGAGCAAUCUAAGCAGUUUCAAGCAGUAUCCGAAGAAAACAAUCCGAGCGUCGUAUUAACCGUUCCGGCUCACGUUUGCAUUUCCCCCAUGCCUGAGAUGUGCGCUUGCAACGUGUCUGAAAAGGACUUUUCAAGUAUGCCCAACUUACAUUCCAGUUACAUGGCCUCCCCACCUAGACCUGGAAAUAGCAAAUACGUUUCAUCGGAUUCGAACGUGUUUAAAAACGCGGCCCAAAUGAGUCCUUUCGCGGAAAGCCCUAUGCCCCCAGAACUGUGCAGUCAGAGCAGUAUUGCUCAGCCAGAUAAACCAUGGGACGUGGCUUUGGGCCGACUUGAGUCAUUAAGCACCAGUGACCUUAACUGCUCAAGUUACAGAGCAUCGGAGCAGAAUCUGGCUAGCCACGGCUUAUGUAAUUCUGAAAAUAGGACAGUCAAAGAACAGAGUGUUUCUGAGGUAUUACCUCAACACCCGACUGAACUUUUAGGAAAUUCCUGUGCCCGGGAAACAGCGUCCUUUUUGCCAUCUCAGCCUCCCUGUUCUUUCCAUAUCCAGGCAGUCUCAGAAUUGGAAUGUCUUUCCAAGCAUGUGUCUUUGUCAGGUUCUGGGAAUCAGGGGUCAAGCUUUGUACAGCAGCCGAAUUCAGUUCAGACUAUCACCUCUGACCUGGACCCCGUCGCCGAGCCCUCCAGAGAGAUUGAAAACACCGUCUUCCCAACAGACAUUAAAAGGACCGAUAGUUUUGUCACUAUGUACUCCGAGAAUGCCGUCGAGGAUGCCGCACCACGUUUUGAAAGGAUUUGUUCUCUGCCUGCACUACAGGCUGAAAAAGAUUUUCCUGUAAGCGAUGGCUGCCCACAACUAAGCGUGCCUCCGAUUGCGUUUAGCAAAAUACUUUAUAAAACUUCUCAAGUUCCUGAAGAAGAUAGCGCAGCUGUCGCUCAGAUCAUUCCGAAUGAAAGAGACAACAAACUUGAGCAUUCAAUUGCAACUCAUGCAUCUAGCAAUAAACCCGAUUUUGAUUUAUAUGCAGGAGUGCCUAAAGGAAAUCUAAAUGAGCCAGCUAACCAGAAGUAUUACAGUCUGAGUGGGCAAGGAAUGGUUUCUAUAGGCCAUGAGGACCCGUCACAAGGUGCUUUGUUAAAUUUGGAGCGUAACCUGCCCCAUUUGCUUCAACCGGAGGAACACAAGUGUAAUCUGCCAACCAAGCCAGAAGUAGAGGAACAUGCCGAACACCAUCAGACUACUCCAAGGAUAACCAGAAACCGAGCCAAUGUAAUUGCAAAUCAGAGUAAGCAGAUCCCUACCAGCUGCCUGCCAUUAUCAGAAAGAGAAAAUGAGUCUGCCUCUCCUAGAGGAAGAAUCAGAUUGACGGAGGAAGAGGAUGCUCAAAUUCACCAUCCACGCAAAAGAAAAAUGUCCCGGGUGCCCCAGCCCGUGCAGGUCAAUCCCUCCCUUUUACAAGCGAAGGAGAAAACGCAGCAGUCUCUAGCAGCUGUUGUAGACUCUCUGAAGCUAGAUGAGAUUCAGCCGUACAGUUCUGAAAGAGCAAAUCCGUAUUUUGAAUACUUGCAUAUAAGGAGAAAAAUAGAGGAGAAACGCAAAUUAUUGUGCAGCGUCAUACCUCAAGCGCCUCAGUAUUAUGAUGAGUAUGUGACAUUUAACGGCUCAUACCUGCUAGACGGAAAUCCUUUGAGCAAGAUUUGUAUCCCUACUAUCACACCACCGCCUUCAUUGUCAGAUCAACUGAAGGAACUUUUUCGGCAACAAGAAGUUGUGAGGAUGAAACUACGUCUGCAGCACAGUAUUGAGAGGGAAAAGCUUAUUGUGUCCAAUGAACAGGAAGUCCUGCGGGUCCAUUAUCGAGCCGCAAGAACCUUAGCAAAUCAGACCCUGCCAUUCAGUGCCUGUACUGUUCUGCUGGACGCAGAAGUAUAUAAUGUGCCACUGGACUCCCAGGUCGAUGACAGUAAAACAUCUGUGCGGGAUCGAUUUAAUGCAAGGCAGUUCAUGUCGUGGUUACAAGACGUUGAUGAUAAGUUUGAUAAAUUAAAGACGUGUCUUCUGAUGCGACAGCAACACGAAGCAGCCGCUUUGAAUGCCGUCCAGAGACUGGAGUGGCAGCUUAAACUUCAGGAGCUUGAUCCUGCUACUUAUAAAUCAAUCAGCAUUUACGAAAUUCAGGAAUUUUAUGUUCCUCUAGUUGAGGUUAAUGAUGACUUUGAAUUAACACCUAUAUGAUAGCUAUCACGUCCCGAUCAUGUUUCCCGUGAAGAUCGUUUGGUGGUCAAAGAUGGACCUCGUUGGGUAGAGCGCUUAAUAAUGUGGAGCAUUGCCUUCUCCGCUAAUCUGGGUUGACCGAUUGUUUAAUAGUGUUUUGUUAAAGUGGGUUGUUGUGCAUACUCUGACAUUUACGGAUAAAUGGCGUGAACUCAUUGGGCUGCAAGACGCGGAAACAAUUUCCACGAAUGACUUAUUUAUGUUCAUGAAAACUGAACGAAAAGAUUUGAGUUUGCUGAUAAAGGUCUGGCGUUUAGUUUAAAAAUAGGGAAUUAGCAGCUAACGGCGCGGGAAGCCGUUGGCAGGAUAAACUAACAGCCACUGCUAUUUAAAUAUUUUACAAGUUUUAUUAAAGUAUGAAUCAUUAAAUUUAACAGUGGGACUCCCACAGAUAGCCUAUGUUAAAAAGAAAAAUCCUGUGGAAGAAGAAAAAUGAAGAAAUAGAUGAUUGUCCAGCUUAUUAUAUUUGUAAAUUAACUGUACAGUUUUCUUUUUUGCAAAAGAUGUAUUAUUGUCUUCAUUUUCAAAUAACUUAUUUUACACAUACUGUGCAAAUGUAAAUAGCCUUGUAAUUACUAGUCAGAAUCUGUACAAAGAAAUGGAUCUUUUUAAUUGUAAAACCGUUUUGUCUAAUGUUUUAUUGGACCAAAGUUGUCGUUUUUAUUCAGCGUAGUGUGUUCACACUGGCAAUUUUUGAGUAAGGCAUGUGUUUGGCUUAGCUUGUUUCAUCACCAUAAUUGUUGAAAUUGUGACUUAGCUGUAAUGCAUGCUUCACCCAAUUCCGAUUCUUACAGUAAACGAUUCCUAAUCUGUCGUAAAACCUACAUGCCCACUGUUUCAUCUUCGUCUGUUCCGGAAUGCCUGUGAUUUCCCGUGUUGAAAAUAUUUUUACUUAAAUUCAAAAUGUGAAAAAAAAAAAAUAACUUUCCUAAUAUUGUGUGGUCUCAUAGUAGAGCCUAUUUUUAUCCCAACAAAAUACCUUUGGAUGAAAAUUCUCAAAUUGUAAAUUGUCUAUUUUAAUAUUUACGUAUGCAGAGGUCUGUAAAUACAUGUAUAUAUGUUUAAUAAAUUUUAUUGGUCAUGUUAAUUCAUUGAAAAACUUUUUUAUAUUGUUGAAAUUAAAUAU